GUCGAAUACCUUCGUAAGAUCCACAUCUCCACUUCAGUCUUACCCAUCCUGCAGUUGAGCAGAAAUGGAAGCUGACCUCAUAGCUGCUCGUUUUGAACUCGACGAGCUCCACUCGAAGAUAACCUCCGCACUCCCUAAUUCGCAGGCAGACAGAGUCGUCGAUAACGCUAAAGCUAGUCGUCGCAUUGCUAUGCGACUGCUUGUCGGCGACAUGGACCCCUCUAGCAACCCUUCCGGCCCUUUUCCUCGCCAAUCUCAAUUUCCUGGCGGCGCUGACAUGUCAGCAAUGGCUGACAUGAAGCGGGGCAAGCCUCCCGUGAACAACGGCCGCGUUUCCCCCAGAACUCCCGGGCAAACGCUCCCUCAGAAGAAGCCGGUUGGUGCGCCGAGAAAGAAGGUGGUGCGGAAAGCAGCGGCGUUGCCCAAAGCGCCAGCGGGAGACCCCAUGGAGGAGUUCUUCGCGAUCAUGGAGCAGUUUGUUGAGGAGCCGGAGGAAAUAGAGUGCGUGCGCAUUGCGGAGGCGUCGCGGAAAAUCGGCGGAAAUGGCGGAAAUGUCAAGGUUGGCCGUUCAGGAAAGCCUCAGCCUGCGUCGAGCUUCCAGGGUUUUCCGACGGAGCUGAGCUGGUCGAAGGACGGAAUGAUUGAGAAUCAGCCGCACAGCGGCCCGAUGGCCCUUACCGCCACCAGCCCGAAGAUGACUCAAAAGCCGCAGCUGGCGAGGGGCGCAAGUCGCGAUUUCGAGAAGAGCCGCAGCCACUCGGCGCACGAGAGGACGCAAUCCGUGGGCGGCCUGAAGGACCUCAACUCGUUUUGGAACCCUCCCGCGUCGCCGAUGGUAAAGGGUCCCCCGAUUCAGCGGGCCAGUUCGGUCAAGGAGGCGGCGCCUGAGAUGCAGUCAUUAGUCGACGCGCUGAAAGCGGAGAUCAGGGCGAAGGACAAGCUGCUUGAAGCGUCGGAGAAGGAGCAGCAGAUGCUGCAGGAGGAGCUGAAUCACGCGUGGCGUAACGCAGACGAGCUUCAGCGACAGUUGACUGAGGCCCAGUCGCUAGUCGCUUCGCUGCAGCAUGCCAACGAAGUUCUGCGAUCGGCGAAGCGUGUGUUGGCGACAUCCCCUUCAGACCCGUCUCGGAGGCUUGCUGUUACCGAAUCUCGCAACGUGGAGCUGGCGGAGAAGUUGGCCGCUCGUGAGAAGGAGCUCGAGCAGUCCAAGCUCGCGCUUCAGCAGGCGGCGGAAGAACGGGACUCACUCGCGGAGGAAAUGGAGGCGGCGCUUUCAAGCUGGGCGGGUGACAGCCCCGCAACUUCCGCAAGCGGCAACUCAUCGAGAACCUUUUCCCCAUCGUCCACGUCAUCGUCUCCCAGUUCCACGUCAGGCUCCCAAGAAGAGGUUCAGCAACUCGUGAUGGCACUCGACGGCGUGCAGCGUGAGCUUCGCGUGGUGCGAGGCGAGAGGGACGCACUAAUGGCCGCCGUGCGCCCGAGCGGGCGGCAAUCUGUGAACAACCCAGCUGGCAGGUCCCUCCGAAAAUCUGCGUCCGCGUUGUCUGUGACGUACAUCCAACAGCAGCAGCUGCAGCAGGUGUCUGGCGCUAAGGUCGGUACUGUUCGCCAGACAGUCGAGUCGAACCCUCGUGUCCAUUUCGCCGAGCCGAUUGCUUCACGUCUCCCCCUCACCUGCUCCACCCCUUGCUGAGCAGCGGCGCUGGUCCGUCUACAGCUGUUCCGGAUGCUUCAGUAACGCGGACGAACUUGUAACUUUUGCAAGGUGGUGGUUCGCCCAGUGCUUUUUUUUCGGUGUCGCUGUCUGUUGCGCUGCUCGCCUACGUCUUGGCAUGUCAGACAACGAUACUCGUAUCUCUCGCGCCUACAGCCUGGCUCCAUUGGCCGGCUUUCUUCCGGGCUGUAUAGGCUUCACCUAGUCUUUGUACACUGAGUAGACAUGACGGGUCUUUGUUCAUCCUAUUUCCUUAUACACUAGGUUUCUGGGCGGCCAUAAUCCACUCUUGGCAGUAGCUGCUGCUAGUGCGUGACACUCCCUGUGGUUCAGUUUCUUCUGAAAGUGGUUUAUUAUUUUAUUUUGGUGUACAAUCACAGGGAUU